UUUUGACAAUUGACUUAAUUCCGAAUUUGCGUCUUGUUCUGUGCUGGAGAAGCAUAACUUGUAUUUUUUUGACGAUGGCGGACGACAAAGAUGUGGUCGAAAAAACUAUUGCCGAGGACUUGGUUGUUACCAAGUAUAAAAUGGCAGGAGAAAUUGUUAACAGGGUUUUGAAGCAAGUAAUAGACAAGUGUGUCUCUGGAGCUUCUGUUAGAGAAAUAUGUCAAUAUGGUGACCAGCUUUUAACAGACGAAACCAGCAAAGUGUUCAAGAAGGAGAAGGAACUCAAAAAGGGCAUUGCUUUUCCCACUUGCAUAUCCGUAAACAAUUGUAUCUGCCAUUAUUCCCCAGUCCCUACAGAACCCGACUAUACUCUCAAAGAUGAAGAUGUCACUAAGGUUGAUUUGGGAGCCCAUAUAGAUGGAUUUAUCGCUGUCGUUGCACAUACCAUUGUAAUAGGCGCCUCCAGUGAAAAUAAAGUGACUGGAAGACGUGCUGAUGUCGUAUUGGCUGCCCAUUACGCAUCACAAGCAGCGCUUAGGCUGAUGAAAGCUGGAAAUGAAACUUACGCUGUCACCGAUGCAGUGCAAAAGGUGGCAGAGUCCUACAAGUGCAAACCGGUAGAAGGCAUGUUGAGCCACCAGCUGAAACAGUUCAAGAUCGAUGGUGAAAAGACAGUGAUUCAAAAUCCCAAUGACGCACAGAAAAAGGAACACGAAAAAUUUGAAUUUGACAAAUAUGAGGUGUAUGCCAUGGACGUACUAAUCAGUACAGGUGAGGGUGUAGGUAAAGAAACGGAAACUAGAGUUUCUAUCUACAAGAAGACGGAAGAACAAUAUCAGCUCAAACUGAAGGCUUCGAGGACGUUCUUCAGUGAAGUGAGACAGAAGCAUGGCAACAUGCCUUUCAAUCUGAGGUCUUUCCAAGACGAGACCAAAGCCAAGAUGGGUGUUGUUGAAUGCGUGAAGAACAAGCUGAUCGAGCCUUUCCAAGUCUUGUAUGAAAAGUCAGGAGAAUUUGUGGCCCAGUUCAAGUUCACUGUGUUGCUUAUGCCCAAUGGGCCCCAUAAGAUAACCGGUCUGCCGUUUGAGACAGAACUGUUCCAAUCUGAAAAUUCGAUAACAUCCCCUGAACUCAAAACGAUCCUGAAUAGUUCCGCAAAUCCCAAGUCUGCCAAGAAAAAGAAGAAGAAAACCGAAACGACUGAACAGCAAGGCGAUGUUGAUGCUUCUGCAUGAGUGUUUGGAUUGCAUUAAAGGGUCCAUUUGGCGACAAGUGGAAGAAGAAAAUAAUGAAACAAUCCUGUACAGAAAACAGAGUUAUUUGGCGCCGGAAGACAAAUCUCUGAUUUUAUAGCCAACUUCUCCAUUUAGUCAAAUCUGAUCCUUGUUUCCAUCAUUGUUCAUCCACAAUAAGUCUACUUUUUCAUAAUAAAAAAUUGUAAUUUUUUUUUCUUUUAAAAUUUUCUUAAUUGUCAAGCGCCAGAAUUUUUCAUAUAGUGCAAAUUGUUGAAACCAGUAAUUGUUUAUUUUACAUGAUAAGGACAUAAUGCAUAAGGACACGAAAAAGUUAAGAUUGUUGUGUAGAGAUAGCAAAUAAAAUAUUUGGUAUUUUU